UGAUCUUGCGUUACAUUGUAGCAAAAUGGCGGCUGUCAUUCAGAAUCCACUAAAAGCGCUGGGUGACCAGUUCUACCAGGAGGCCAUCGAACACUGCCGCAGCUACAACGCUCGCCUGUGCGCAGAGCGCAGCGUCCGCCUGCCCUUCCUGGACUCCCAGACAGGCGUGGCCCAGAACAACUGCUACAUCUGGAUGGAGCGCCACCACCGAGGCCCUGGAAUGACCGCGGGUCAGAUGUACACCUACCCAGCACGUUGUUGGAGGAAGAAGAGGAGGCUUCACACCUAUCUCCACGUGGCUCUGCAACUCUGUCAUUCAAGGCUGUCUGCCAGGGAGUCUCUCCCGUCCCAGGGCACCACUCUGGAGGCACUGCUUAGGGGGGAUGCCCUGGACAAGAGGAGCCGGGACCGAGAAGAGGAGAGCCUACUGGAGAUCCAGAGGGUUCUAGAAGCCGACGCGCAGGAAGACGGUUACCAUGACGACGACGACUUUGAAGUGGACACGCCGAAACGGAAACACAGAGGCAAAGGCAGAGGUCGAGGGUCCGGCCGCCGAAGGAAUGAUGCCCACUCGACAGACGACCAGGACAAGCCAUACGUCUGUGAUAUUUGUGGGAAGCGCUAUAGGAACCGCACAGGGUUGAGCUACCACUACACUCACGCCCACCUGGAGGACGAGGGGGCAGGGGAAAAGGAGUCUGAGCCUUCACAGUCUCCGCCCACGCACCGCCCACACAGCCGAAAACAUCCAAAAGGUCCAGACGGGAACCCUGUUCCCAACAGUAACUACUGUAGUAUGUGCCUGGGCAAAUCAGGCUCCAACAGAAAGAUGAACAAAGCCGCAGGCUUGGCUCCCUGCUCAAAGUGUGGACGAUCAGGCAACGGUGUGGAGGAGGAGAAGCCACGGCCUUUUGCUGGCGCGGAGGAGCUCUUUGGCACCACGUCCGAGAGCGAUACGUCCACCUUCCACGGCUUCGAGGAAGACGACCUCGAUGACGAGCCCACGUCCAACGGCAACAAGAAGGCCGCACAGUGCAGAUAGAGCACACACACACACACACACACAUACACACACACACACACACACACACACACACACACACACACACACACACACACACACAACAAACACAGACACAUACACUCACCCACACAGACACACACACACAUUCACACUUGCACACACUCACAUACAGCAAACACAACAGGACCUUCUCUAACCAGAGACACUUUUAACAAACUCCUGUUAAACAAAGAAGAAAAAUGAAGAAAAAAAAAAGCGCUGCUUUUUAAUUGUUUUCCUGGCCGUUUUUGCAGAAAGCACAAAUAAUGAUUUCAGCGAAGAAAAAUGCAAGUUUUCUUUUAUGAUUACUGGAAACUUUAAGCCUUUUUGAAUAAGUUAUAAACUUGCUUUUUUAUUAUUGUUAUUUAAAUAAGGAGAGUGUGAAGCUGACAGACUGGGUGUCCUGAUGAAAGAGGCGCUCUUCGUGUGAAACAAUGGAACAGUUUGUCUUUCGGGAUGCUUUUUCCCCCCUUGUAGGACAAAUUUCAACUUGUUUUUGCAAACAAGAACACUGGAACAUGUGGAUUUAAUUUUAUAGCUUUUCUGGGAUAGUUUGCCAGCUAAAUUAAAUUUUUUAAAAAUAAAUUAUAAAUAAUAAACAGUUGAUGUAAGAGAGAAGUCAGAAGGAACUUCUGCUGUACGUUGACCUAUUCCGUGAGGAAAUGCCUAUGGAAGGAAGAGAAUACAUGAGUCGACUGUUUUUGGAUUACUGGGCUUUUACUAUGAGUGGCUGAGACGGUCAAGAAGUUGACAUCAUCCAGUCCAACGGGUUUUGCAUUGACAUUUGGGGGAGGGUCACUACUGUGAUGACCUACAGCCAGCGCAGUGAAGGACACACAGCUGGGGGUUUGGGCAUUCAGUCGGGGAGCUUGGUCGCUUCGUCCUCUGAACGGACAGAUCUGCUGAGACCCCCGCAAACGCACACAGACCCCCUCAGACUCCUGGACACACACACACACACACACACACACACACACACACACACACACACACACACACACACACAGAUUCCCAUCCACCCUGGCAAACGCACACAGACCCCAACAGACUCCUCUGGACACACACACACAUACACAUACACACACACACACACACACAGAUUCCCAUCCACCCUGGCAAACGCACACAGACCCCAUCAGACUCCUCUGGACACACACACACAUACACAGACACGUACACACACACACACACACACACACCCAUCCACUCUCCUGCUAUGCACCUAAUACGGACACCAGAUGUCAACUUGAUGAACUCACGGGGGUGAACUGUGUGGAUGAAUACCGUACUUUUGAAGUACUUUCUUGUUUUUCCUUUUUUGUUUUUCUUCUGAAGCUUUUCUGACUGGUUUUCUGACUGGUCUUUUGAGUCUACUGGUGCCCCUUUUCAUGUUCCCAGUGUAGAGGACUGAUGUGGACCAAACAGCCUUACACAAGUGUCAGAAACAGUGGAUCUAACCCUCUUUUGAGGAAAAAAAAUGACAUUUGACAAAUGACAAAUGAAGGAUAUAAAUGAAAUCAAACUGAUUUGUAUUUAACAAGUGUCCAUUCACCGCUUUUCCUUUUGAAGCACUUGUGUUUUUCUGUUUUUUUUUUUUUUUUUUUUUUUUUUUUUUUGUCUACCUAAAAAUCUGCUUUGCUUACUAUUACUGUAGGUGUCUUUGCACAUAAGAGUAGUGGCCAUGGAAGGAUUAAAAGCCAGAUUUAAAAAAAAAAAAAAAAAAUCUAAAGCAAACAAACACACACGUACCAGACUCGAUCCCUUGUCUAUGCAUGAAAACGGACUAGAAUCAGACAGGGCAAGCGUGGUCUGGCUACACUGUCACUGCAUCAAUGCUGAACUGUUGCAGUUGGGGUGCCUAAGGCUGCCGGAGGAUCCCUGACCGAACUAACCAGGGAUCACCUCAUCAGCUCACACACAAGAGUCACAUAACACUGCUUUUCUAAUCCCCUGCCCUGAAGGACGGAGGCUCCCGAGCAAAAAGCUACGCUAGUGGUGUUGGGGAUUGAGGGUGUACUGAUGGGUGGUUCUGGGGCUUUGCUGUGGCCAGCUAAGGCUGCUAAGCUCAGCUAGGCUAGCGCAAAUGUGAAGUGACACGUCAACGUCAUUAAGUUCAUCACUGUGCUUGGACUAGGAUGCUCACAGGAAACCAAGUGUGACAGCCAUAACUGAAGACACAGCCAGAUCAGACACAUACUCUCUCUCUCUCUCACACACACACACACUUUCACUUUCGUUCUCUCUUCCUCUCUGCUCUCUCUCACACACACACUCACACAACCUCUGCCAUGGUGCUGAACAUUUUCAACAAAUCAACAGUGACCUCUGAUUAGUGCUACAUCUACUAGGUAUUGUCCCUCAGCCCCCCCCCCUCUCACUGUUUCUCUUCUAUCUUACUGGGGCCAUAGUUCAAACUCUCCCUUUAAAAUGUGAAACGGGUUUAGACUCAUUACCUACAUUUUUCUGCUUUUGCUUUAGUUGACCUAGAAGUUUGUUUUGUUUUUUUUUGUAAGGUUGUUUGUGUCCCUGUGUCGUGGAGUGGAGUUGACGGACAUUUGACCCGGACGCCUCGGCCUACUUUGGAUCUUUUCUCCUGGGCCUGUGGUCUGGUCUCGGUCGACCACCCCCGCUCUGGACAUGAGCACCAAGCUCAGGCAUCUGAUGUAAACUACUGUUGAUUGCCCUUUUUUGACUCAUAGUGGGGAGGGGGGGAUCAGGGACAGAACUGGCUGCCCCCCUCCUUUCCUCUGCUUACUCCCUUGCACCCCCCCACCACCUCCAUGUCUGGUUACUACCUGCCUCCCUGUCGCAUGAUUGUGACCCCCCACCCCCCUUCCAGUGAUGUGUAUGGACCAUUGCCAUAAACACAGCAAUAAGCUGAAAUGCAAAAGCUUUUGUGUUCCACUGAUGAAAAGCGAUGGGAUUCUAAGACAGUUACCACAUAUAGAUUGGACAACAGUGUCUUCUUCAGCCUACUCUUUCAAUGAAAUAAACACAUACUGUCAGCUCAACGUUGGAAAAUGUUACUCUGUGUUGACCUGUAUGAGUGCAGUAAAAUCGGAGAUGGUAACCCUUCAUCCAUCACUGUCACGCAUCCUUCCCUGUUCAUCUAUGUCCACUCCUCGGCACAUGCUCAUAGUUUAUUUUGACUAUAAUUGUCGUUACAUAGGCCUACCCACUCUUGCGGAAAAGCGUCGGAUUAAAAGUUUGAGAAUGUCUCUCUCUCUCACACACACACACGCGCGCGCACACGCUCUUAUCCCUCAGGGACUCUGUUCCUAACAGUGAAUAAUUUUCCUGAAACGGGAGAAAUGUGUGUUCUUCCUUCAUCCCACUGUUUUGUCGUUCGAGUCACCAUGGGAACUAACUAACGAGUGUAGAGUAGCAUAGGAAAAAGGCCAGAAAUGUCAGAUACCCCGUUAUUUUAGCAGUGGGCGCGCAGCGCAGAGAUCAGUAAUGUUUGGUUUGCCGGUGACAUCCCUCAGCUAUCGGAUCAUGGGCACUUCGAAACGUAGCCUAGCCUACUGCUCUUCUUGAAAGUCUGUUAUCAUUAUCAUCAUGAUCUUCGAUUCCUUUGGAUGGACGAAACGGUGAAAUCAUAUGAAUAUAUUGGCAAGCCUAGCCUCUAUACCUCAAAAGUGACAUGGACAGCAAUAAACCUGUGUGUUUUGUGUAAUCCUGGACAGCUUCAGGAACAGGUACCAGGUGAAUUAUACGCUAACUGGUCGUUUUGUCUUCAGCUGUAAAUAUUGUAAUGCAGAUGGAACGAAGUCUUUGUUAGUGAAGAUAUUUUUUAUUGUUAUGACAUUAAAAUAAUAAGACUAUCAACUA